AGGAGGAGGAGGAGGAGGAAGAGGCUGGUGUGUUGGCUGCAGGAUUCCAUCACUCUUAGCAACCAUUGUUGAGUUUCCACGGAAACGCUAAGCAAAUGCUUUCUGCUUCUCUUUUGUCCUUCUUCAUCUCUCUGCUCUCCCCUCCUCUCUCUCACUUCCUCACUCCAUCCCAUCUUUAUUACCCUUGUGUUGCCACGGCGAUGCUCUGAGUCCGCCGCAGUGUUGGAGCGCUGAGUUGAACUGUGAGCAGCUGACAGAAGUCAUCAUCUGACCGCCUUCCUUUACCCCUUUUGGAAUCUGUGCGACCUUUCACCCCACCACCUCCUUACAGGGCAGAGGGCAUUGAUUUGGAUUGGCUGAGAUCGUUCAGUGACAUCACAGGAAGUUGGAUGAAGUUGAAAGAACUCUAUUAUUCUGCAUUUCAAUCUGCAUCGAUGUUUUCUCCACCCAUUCGCUUUGAGGGAUCUUCACAGAGACCAAACUCUCUCUGAAGACUUCUGCAGAAACCUGCUGAGAUGAAUGAUGAGGCAGAGGAGGCACAGCUCCCUCAGAGGGUUCUGGAGACCGAGGAGGAGCAACAGGAGGGAGGACUUUUUGAGGAGUUGUUAGACAAAGCAGAUGAGCAGGAUGAAGUUCAGGACGCGGAGAUGCCGUUGAGAGAGGAAUAUCCGAGAGAUCUGGAAAAGAUGGAGGAGGAUCAGGUGAGGGAGGAAUGGCAGCAGGUUAAGGAGGAGGAGCAGCUGCAGGAGGAGGUGCAAGGUGAGGGGAUGCUACAGACUGAGCAACAGCAGUCUGAGAAGCAGCAGCUGCAAGAAGAAGGAAGGCAACCUGAGGAGGUUCAAGAAUUCACUGACACUCUGGAGCAGAACCACAGCAACCAGGUCCUGAUCCGACUGAGAGGAAUGCAGAAAUAUAAAAGUACAUCCCAGAGGCUGAAGGCCGCGCUGGAGCAGAUGGACCGCGGUGUGGUGGACCUGCAGGAGCUCCGCAGGAACCUGGAGCUGGCCGCCGCCAUGCUGGACGCAGUUUACACGGAUGAGACCAGGCGCCUGUUGGACACGGAGGAUGAGCUCAGCGACCUGCAGGCGGAGUCUGUGCCCAGCGAGGUGCGUGAUUGGCUGGCGUGCACUUUCAGCAGGAGGAUGGGCGUGGCCAAACGCCGCCCCGAGGAGAAGCCGAGAUUCAGGAGCAUCGUUCAUGCGGUGCAAGCUGGGAUCUUUGUGGAAAGGAUGUACAGACGGACCUCCAACAUGGCGGGUCUCACCUACCCCCCCACAGCUCUCACCGCUCUGAAGGAGGUGGAUCAAUGGUCCUUUGAUGUUUUUGCCUUCCAUGAGGCCACUGGAGAACACGCCCUCAAGUUCCUGGUCUACGACCUGCUGACCCGCUAUGACCUCAUCAACAGGUUCAGGAUCCCUGUGCAGGCUCUGGUGCAGUUUGUUGAAGCUCUGGAGAACGGCUACAGCAAACACAGGAACCCUUACCACAACCUGAUCCACGCCGCUGAUGUCACCCAGACCGCCCACUUCCUGAUGCUGCACACCGGACUCAUGCACUGGCUCAGCGAGCUGGAGAUCCUGGCCAUGGUCUUUGCUGCAGCCAUCCAUGACUUUGAACACACUGGAACCACCAACAACUUCCACAUCCACACCAGGUCUGAGGUGGCCAUUCUCUACAACGACAGGUCGGUGCUGGAGAACCAUCACGUCAGCGCCGCCUACAAACUGAUGGCCGAGGAGGACAUGAACAUCCUGAUCAACCUGAACAAGGAGGACUGGAGGGAGCUGAGGGCUCUGGUGAUCGAGAUGGUGAUGUCCACCGACAUGUCCUGCCACUUUCAGCAGAUCAAGACCAUGAGGAACGCCCUGACGCAGACAAACGGGAUAGACAAAGUGAAGGUUUUAUCUCUGAUGCUCCACGCAGCAGACAUCAGUCAUCCUGCCAAAGCCUGGCCGCUGCACUACCACUGGACUCACAGCCUGAUGGAAGAGUUCUUCAGACAGGGAGAUAAAGAGGUGGAACUCGGCCUUCCUUUCUCUCCCCUCUGUGACCGUAAAGCCACCAUGAUCGCCCAGUCACAGAUUGGUUUCAUUGACUUCAUCGUAGAGCCGACGUUCACCGUCCUCAUCGAAACAACAGAGAAGGUGAUUGGACCUCUGAUAGAAGAGGACAGGAAGGCCAGAGAGACCGGAGCCAGAAGGUCCAGCCUGACAGGAAGUGGCUCAGUCACUGUCGAGUCCGUACAGAGACACAGCAGCAAUCGCCAUGGAAACAGUGAGGAUGGACAGAUGAAUUUUUCAUUGACGGCGAUCGACCUGCCAGCUCUGAGGCAGCACCUCUCCGGUGUCAUCACCAGCAACAAGGACCGCUGGAAGGAGCUGUCAGUUCACGAGCUGGCCAAGAAGGAGAAGGAAGAGACCGAGGCAAGAGAAGAAGAAGAAGAAGAUGGCGGGUCUCAGGCAUCACCGGGCGCCACAGAGGGACAGAACCCGGAUCCGUCACAGAACUCAGACCAUCGACCAUCGACUGGAAGUGAAGAUGAGAAAUCCAGUGAGCUGACGGCAGCCGAUCACCUGACCUGGAACGGAGCGGAUGAGGAAGAGGAGGAUGACGAAGUGCCUGAAAACGCCUGACAACCACUAAAUCCUCCGUUUAUCUGAUCACCAUGGCAACAGGCAGCUCCGUGCAGUAACUUCUAGGGUUUAGACUCUUCUUUGUCAAAACGCUGCAGCUGACUUGGUGGCCCCAGGGGCCCCCAGGGGCCCCCAGAUUAUUUGUUUACAGUGAGUGUGGAUCAAUCCUUUCAUCAGAUCAUGGUGGUUUUAGCAGCUAGGACCUUUCUAAGGUGCUGUGGAGGUUCCAUGAUGCAGGUGACAUGAACAGGUGUGUAGAUGAUCAGAACCCUGCACUCAUCACAGCGGCUGCUCUGCUCUCUGCUCCAGCUUCCAGUUCUCCACCAGUCAGCUAACUGGUUUGAACCGGUGGGCAUCAAAUGAAAAAAGUCGUUGUUAAUAUGCUGAUGUCAGUAAACGUUCAAACAUCCUGGAUUUGUUUGAUUUACUCUGCAGCUCCGUCCUCCAUCCUGCUUCCAGGGUUCCGGUUCCAUACUGGGCAGGAACCUUGGUUCUCCAGUGGUUCUGGUUCCAUACUGGGCAGGAACCUUGGUUCUCCAGUGGUUCUGGUUCCAUACUGGGCAGGAACCUU